AUGAUAGCAAGCGUCCUUCCCGGCGUCUUCAAGGAUUUUGUCUCCGAUAUGGUCGAGUGCCUCCUCAGAGGAGGAGUCCUUUGGGAGAUCAAUGGCCUGUCUGGCUUCCUGAUGAGCUCUCAGGGCAAUCCUCUGAAGUUCCAAAGUGGUUCUGCCUUUGCCAUGAUCGACCAUGUUCGUUUGAACAGACGAGAAGGAUUGAUCUCCAAC